AUGCGGUGUGGAGAGGCGUCUUAUCUCCUGCAGCCGCACCUGCCCUGGGCCACACCUGCCCUGGGCCACACCUGCCCUGGGCCACACCUGCCCUGGGCCACACCUGCCCCGCGCCGUCACUUCACACUCUGUGUCUGUCCCUGUGCUCCUCCUGUCCCUGUGCUCCCCUGGUGCCUGUGCUCCUCCUGUCCCUGUGCUCCCCUGGUCCCUGUGCUCCCCUGGUCCCUGUGCUCACCCUGUCCCUGUGUUCCCCCUGUCCCUGUGCUCACCCUGUCCCUGUGCUCACCCUGUCCCUGUGUUCCUCCUGUCCCUGUGCUCCCCCUGUCCCUGUGUUCCCCCUGUCCCUGUGCUCACCCUGUCCCUGUGCUCACCCUGUCCCUGUGUUCCCCCUGUCCCUGUGCUCACCCUGUCCCUGUGUUCCCCCUGUCCCUGUGCUCACCCUGUCCCUGUGCUCACCCUGUCCCUGUGUUCCUCCUGUCCCUGUGCUCCCCCUGUCCCUGUGUUCCCCCUGUCCCUGUGCUCACCCUGUCCCUGUGCUCACCCUGUCCCUGUGUUCCCCCUGUCCCUGUGCUCACCCUGUCCCUGUGUUCCUCCUGUCCCUGUGCUCCCCCUGUCCCUGUGUUCCCCCUGUCCCUGUGCUCACCCUGUCCCUGUGUUCCUCCUGUCCCUGUGCUCCCCCUGUCCCUGUGUUCCCCCUGUCCCUGUGCUCACCCUGUCCCUGUGCUCACCCUGUCCCUGUGCUCCCCCUGUCCCUGUGUUCCCCCUGUCCCUGUGCUCCCCUGGUCCCUGUGUUCCCCCUGUCCCUGUGUUCCCCCUGUCCCUGUGUUCCCCCUGUCCCUGUGCUCACCCUGUCCCUGUGCUCACCCUGUCCCUGUGCUCACCCUGUCCCUGUGCUCCCCCUGUCCCUGUGUUCACCCUGUCCCUGUGCUCACCCUGUCCCUGUGCUCACCCUGUCCCUGUGCUCCCCCUGUCCCUGUGCUCACCCUGUCCCUGUGCUCCCCCUGUCCCUGUGCUCCCCUGGUCCCUGUGCUCCCCCUGCUCCCCCCCUUCAUGACCCCCGGCCUUGCUCCAGCUCUCUCUCUCCACAUCUACACGACACAUAAAGUGCUGUCGGAGAUCAUUGGAAAAAGUGUUUAA